UUUCUCUUAAGCGUCUUGCGAUUUACGAGGCAAAAUUACAGGGCCAGACGGAAUCUACUUCUUCUUGUUUAGACUUCCCCCAUCGACAAAGGAAAUACAGCGAGAAGAAGAAGACUAUGGCCGCUAACGAUAAGGGAUCUAUAUUGCAAUUCGCACCAUUCCAAAGCUUGGUGGACGAAGGAUUCUGGCAUAGACUCUCUUCCUUGAAGCUCAAUGAACUAGGCAUCGACGAUUCCCCUAUUCCAAUCACUGGUUUCUUUGCACCUUGUGCACAUUCUCAAGUGUCAAAUCAUUUGACGCUUCUAUCUGAGUCAUUGCCUUCCGAAGUAAGCAGCGAAUCAUCAGCACCAUUAACUACUAAAGGCAACAGGAAUAGGUGCUCUGUUCCUGGAAUUCUAUACAAUACAAAUACUGUGGAAAGCUUCCAUGCCCUUGACAAGCUAAGCUUACUAAAAUCUGAAGCAAAGAAGAUUUGGGAGGAUAUUCUCAGCGGAAAAGCUAUAGAGGAUAGUUCAGUACUUGCAAGAUUCCUUUUGAUCUCAUUUGCAGACCUGAAGAAAUGGAACUUUCACUAUUGGUUUGCUUUCCCUGCUCUUGUUCUCAAUCCUCCAGCAACUGUAGUUGAACUGAAACCUGCUUCACACUGGUUUAACUUGGAAGAAGCUGAAUCAGUUUCCUCAAGUUUUGCUCAGUGGCGCAGCUCAAACCUAACUUCUGACAUACCUUUUUUCUUGGUGAAUAUUGAUUCAAGUUCUCAAGCUAGCAUUAAGCAUCUGAGAGAUUUUGAAGCCUGCCAAAACAAUGGGGAAAAGCUUCUUUUUGGCUUUUAUGACCCCUGUCAUCUUCCAAAUAAUCCUGGUUGGCCUCUUCGCAACUUCCUAGCUCUAAUUUACUCGAGAUGGAAUCUGAAGUCGGUGAACUUUUUAUGCUACAGAGAGAACCGUGGUUUUGCAGAUCUUACUUUAUCUCUUGUUGGUAAAGCUUUGAUUGAUGAUACCCAAGGGUUUAGAGAUCAACAAUGCAUGCCUAAUGUGGUUGGAUGGGAGUUGAACAGAGGGAAGAAAUGCCAUAAAUCUAUUAACCUUGCAAAAUCCAUGGACCCAACUCGGUUAGCUAUAUCAGCUGCAGAUUUGAAUUUGAGACUAAUGAGGUGGCGUGCUUUGCCUUCUUUAAACAUAAACAUCUUGUCUUCUCUCAAGUGUCUCUUGCUUGGGGCAGGUACUCUUGGAUGUCAGGUUGCUCGUAUGCUUAUGGCAUGGGGAAUACGGAAAAUUACACUAGUUGACAGUGGAAGGGUAGCUAUGUCGAAUCCAUUGAGGCAAUCACUUUACACAAUGGAGGACUGCCUCAAUGGUGGUGACUUUAAAGCCGAAGCAGCAGUUAAAAGUCUCAAUCGAAUUUUUCCUGCCAUGGAAGCCGAAGGUGUUGUGAUUUCCAUACCAAUGCCUGGGCAUCCUGUUUCAGACAAUGAAGCAGCCAGCAUGCUUGAUGAUUGUAGACGACUCGAUGAUUUAAUUAAUUCUCAUGAUGCAGUUUUCUUGUUGACUGAUACUAGGGAAAGUCGGUGGCUUCCUACACUUCUAUGUGCCAAUACAAACAAGGUUACAAUCACCGCAGCUUUGGGGUUUGAUAGUUUCUUAGUUAUGCGCCAUGGAGCUGGUCCUUCUGGUUCCUGCCAUGAUUCCACAUCUCAAACCAAUAUGGCCAAUNUGUUCUUGCAGUCAACUGCCAAUCGCACAUUGGAUCAACAAUGCACUGUUACUCGCCCAGGGCUUGCUCCCAUUGCGUCAGCCAUUGCAGUUGAACUUCUGGUUGGAAUUUUACAUCAUCCCGAAGGAAUAUAUGCUGAAUGUGAACUGUCGAACUCUGGAGCUUCUGAGCAACCUCUGGGUAUCUUGCCCCAUCAAAUUCGAGGCUCCCUCUCACAGUUUUCUCAGAUGACACUUGUUGGCCGUUCAUCAAAUACUUGUACAGCUUGCUCCAGCCUGGUUGUAUCUGAAUAUCGUAAUAGGGGCAUGGAUUUUAUUCUUCAAGCGAUCAACCAUCCAACUUAUUUGGAAGAUUUGACCGGACUUACAGAGUUGAUGAAAUCAACUAGCUCUUUUCAACUGGACUGGGACAAUUACACAGAUGGUAGUGGUGAUGAUGAUGAUGGAUGUAUCGAAAUUUGAUGCAGACAUUCAAUGUAUUGUAUAACAUCAAUUCAAUAACAUUUUUUGUACAUAAGGCACUGACUUAAAAAUCAAAUUCCAAAUUUAGUAUUUUUCUUGAAUCCUUCUAGUUAGUCAUGUAUGUGUCUUGCAGAUGGUUCUUUCUUGGUUCAAUACAUAACUGUGUUCAAAUUUCA